AUGUAUUCUUCAUCAGAUGGGGAUGGAAAAUAUGGUCCACAGGGAUAUCCACGUCCAUUGAACAUGGCCCCUAGACAAUCUUACCCUACUUCAUAUAUCCCCUCCGCAACACCUUGGUCUACAGGCCUUUGCCAUUGUUUUGAUGACCCAGCAAACUGUUUGAUUACUUGUAUAUGCCCAUGCAUCACCUUUGGACAGAUUGCAGAGAUAGUGAAUAAGGGAUCUGUUUCAUGUGCGGCAAGUGGUUCACUUUAUGGGCUACUACUGGGUCUCACUGCCUUACCAUGCUUGUACUCGUGUUUUUACCGAUCGAGGUUGAGAGGGCAAUAUGACUUGGCGGAGGACCCCUGCGUGGAUUGCUUGGUUCACUUCUGCUGUGAAACUUGUGCACUUUGUCAGGAAUAUAGAGAGCUUAGGAGCCGUGGUUUUGAUAUGGGAAUAGGUUGGCAAGCAAACAUGGAAAGACAGAGCCGCGGCGUCACGUUACCUCCAGUUGUUGGUGGCAUGACCAGAUGA